AUGGUAGCUUCAAGACGACGCGAACUCAUCUCCAACGGCUCCAGCAAAGCUGACCCUGACCAUACCUACAAACACUUAGACUUAGAAAGUGGCAGCUAUGGCCAUGACUCCCACCUACGAAAAUUCCGGUUCCGAGAUGUUGUCGAUGCGACGAUGGACCAGAAGCAUCUUCGCGAGAUGAAGCAGAAGCUAUUGAAUUCGGUGGAUCAUAAAGGGUUGGAGAAAUUCAGGCAGAAUGAAAAAGAGUUGAAAGCCAUUCAAAAUAAGAAGUUGCGCGCAUUUUACGAAGAGCAGAACCGCAGGCUCGAUGACUGGCUCGAGGUCGAUAUGGUCGUGACCACACUUGCAGACGACGUUUUGGACAGUAUGGGCCCGCGCGACCUGGACCAUGACGGUGUUGCUGAAGAUCGUGGCCCGUUGCACACGAGUGAGGGGACCGUGGAGUGCUUUCUCCCUGACGAGGAGAUUGAGAAGCGAAGGAAAGCCGACAGGAAUGUGAGAUGGGCUAUCAAUAUCAAUGUCAUUGUCAACAUUCUCCUCCUCGCCGCGAAGGGAAUCGCUGCUAUAUAUUCAUCCUCACUCUCUCUGAUCGCAUCGCUUGUCGACUCUGCGCUUGAUCUUCUCUGCACAUUAAUCAUCUGGAGCACAAAUAAACUCGUUGGCUGGCGUUUAACACGUCUAAAAAAGAAGUUCCCCGUUGGACGUCGUCGUCUCGAACCGAUUGGAAUCCUUGUCUUCUCCAUCAUCAUGGUCGUCUCAUUCAUCCAGAUCUUGCAAGAAUCGGUACAAAAGCUCCUCCCGAGUGGCGAUCACACCACCGCAGAGUUACCUCCUAUGGCAAUCUUCAGCAUGGUCUCUACCAUCGUCGUAAAGGGCAUAAUAGGACUAGGCUGCAUGCGGGUGAAAACAACGCAGGUCCGUGCGCUGGCACAAGAUUGCAAAACUGAUGUUUACUUUAACACAUUAUCGCUUCUUUUCCCCUUGAUUGGAAACAAGUUGGACGUCUGGUGGCUGGAUCCAGUUGGUGCUACUAUCCUAUCACUGUACAUCAUCUACGACUGGGCCGGCACCUGUAUUGAGAACAUCGUGAAGCUAACGGGAGAGGCGGCCGACGAUCGCACGGCCCGAAAGAUGCUGUACAUGGCCUAUCGGUUUUCCCCGCUUGUUGGAGGCUACAAGUCGAUUAAGGCAUAUCACGCGGGAGAUGGUGUCUGGGUUGAAGUGGACGUAUUGAUGGAUGAGAAGACUCCAUUGAAGGAAGCACACGAUGUCGCCGAGACAAUUCAGUAUUGCAUGGAGGGUUUGAAAGAGGUCGAUCGCGCUUUUGUGACUAUGGAUUACACUUCGCAAGGCCCAACUGGACAUGCGACUGAAAACGAGUGA